AUGUUUUACGACAGAUCAAAUUUACCAGCUGUGGAAUCUUCCAAAAAUUCACCUCGUUACGAGAAUAAUGAAGAAGAAGAAAAACAUUCAAUUCAGCAUUCAAAAGAUUUCACUGAUGUCACGGAAAACAAAACAAAGAAAAUUACAAAGAAAUUUGUCUGCAUUGUUUGUCGGUCAGAACUGAGAUUUGCUAUUCAAGAUUGCCUUUGCUAUCUCUGA